AUAAUACAUUGUUGAUUUCAGAUUACGUUAACCACUGCAGGUUCUUAAAUUUUCUAUAAAUUUAAAUUUCAAGAUGAUGAAACUACCCUCAAGAAUUAGGUUCUACAGGGAGGGUGGUAGACUAGUAUACCUAUAUGGAGGUAUUGAGGACCCAACUAGACAGAAUACUGCUCUACUUCGUCAACUACCAAUACAUCAUCAGAAGCAAUGCAGAGCUCUUUCAGUGAGUAAUGUAGUCCUAUCCUCCAGCACUUCUGGAUCUGACGAAUCAGGUGUCGGAGGGAGCAAAGGAGCAGGAGGAAGUGUCGGAGGAGGUAAAGGAGGCAAAACCACAGGAUCCGGAGAUAAUCAGAUGCUCUGUCCCAAGUGUGGAAGUCCUUGUGAGCAUGUGGCAACGUUAAUCUCCAGUACACGAUUUGUCAAGUGUGAGAAAUGUUCCCAUUUCUUUGUUGUACUCAACGAACAGGAUCAAAAAGCCAAGACAAAAGAGACGAGGAAGGUUGACAACGGAAAGGGAGGAAGAAAGCCUCCUCCCUACCCAAAGAAAAUUUUUGAUUUCCUCAACAACCACAUUAUUGGUCAGGAUGUUGCAAAGAAAGCUCUCAGUGUGGCAGUGUAUAAUCACUACAAGAGAAUCUAUCAUAAUAUUCCUGUCAACAAGAAAAAUCAGGAGAAUUUAUCAGAGCAGUCUGGCCGCCAGCUACCGAGUCACAGGGAUCUGCUACAUAUUGCUGGUAUGGGAUCAGCUCUAGGAGUUGGAUUCCAGCCUGAAGCUCGUCAACAGGAACCUCAACAGACGGAGGCUGCUUCUCCUGGAGCCGCGUCUGGUGCUGAUCAUGGCUCAGAUAUUCUUGAGGCAACCUCUCAUAACCUCAGGUUGGAGAAAUCUAACAUCAUGAUGUUCGGAUCCACAGGGAGCGGUAAAACCCUUCUUGCCCAAACCAUCGCAAGAUGUCUUGAUGUUCCCUUUGCAAUCUGUGAUUGUACAACUCUAACCAUGGCUGGGUAUGUUGGUGAGGAUAUAGAGAGUGUAGUGGGUAAACUCCUCCAGGAUGCUAACUACGAUGUAAACAAAGCCCAGACCGGGAUCAUCUUCUUAGAUGAGGUCAGAUUAAACUUAAUUCUACCACACCACUCCCUGAUCGGAAGGAGAAAGAAUGAGAAGUAUCUUGGGUUUGGAACCUCUACUGGUGGGGGCCAGGGUAGAAGAGCAGCGGCACAGGCUGGUCAGGCCGAAGGAAGUUUAUCCAGUGAGCAAGAAGAUGCCUUGGAGAGAGACAGAUAUUUCUCCGAUGUUGAAGCUCAAGACUUGAUUGAGUUCGGUAUGAUUCCCGAGUUCGUUGGUAGAUUCCCAGCCCUUGUUCCCUUUCAUUCACUCACAGAGGAGAUGCUGGUCCGUAUCCUCACCGAGCCCAAGAACGCUCUUGUUCCCCAAUAUCAAAUGCUCUUUGGCAUGGACAAGGUUGAGUUGAAGUUUACCCCUGAAGCACUGAUUGCAAUCUCUAAGAUGGCAAUCCAGAAGAAGACUGGGGCCAGGGGGCUCAGAGCCAUCAUGGAGAAGUUGCUACUCGACGUUAUGUUCGAGAUUCCAGGAUCAAAUAUUGAAUGUGUUGAAGUUACUGAGGAAGCUGUUCUCGGGAUGUCGUCUCCAAACUUCUCAUAUGCCGAGGCUCCUAAGGAAGGUGGGGAUGAGAAUGAUCAAUCUGAUGAUCUACAAAGAGCAUCAGCUUAGUGCAUAGUCUAAUACAAGACCAAACACAGGUUUCCUGCUGUAGGAUGUAUUCUACUACACAAUAUUCCUAAAACUAGAAUCAAAUAUUCAAAUAUUUAAUUCCUUCGGGAUCCUCGACCAACCCGGCCGGUCGUAUUUGCCGUUGUUAUUUAUUGGCAUUUUUCAUGUUUUCAGAAUUUAAUUGUAAACUUGUUUUGUCUCUAGUUCACAUUCAUUCUUGAGGACACUAAUCUUCAAUUCAAAAGUUGUGUCAUGAAUUUAAUAUUUACCACUUUUGUUAUUCAAUUCAAAUCAAAUAUUCUAAAUUUAUAAAUUACAAAAAAACAAUAAACUGACAAAUUUAAAUGAUGA